CGCGCCUGGCCCCGCCGUGCCCGCGUCCCGUGCGGCCGCCAUGUUGUUGUGGCUGUGAGACGCGGCGGAGGCAGCCGGGAGGCGAGCGACUCCGGUCCGGGCAGGAGGCCGCGCCCCGGGAGGGGGUGUGGGGGCUCCGCGCCAUGCCCUGCCCCGCGUCCAAUUCUUUUGAUGGGAUCUGAGCAGAUGUUGCCCUUCUCUGGUGCCGCGUUUAAUCAUCAGCCUGUGAAGCUGUUGGAGUUGGGUUUGGCUUCUUGGUUGGGGAGAUGUUCUAAAAUAAAUUACAAAAAAAAAGUUGAUCUCUGCAGGAAAUCACUGUUUGUCCAGCACUUGGAAAGCCAAAAAUAUAAGGCUUUGUAUGACGGUAUCGUGCGAGCGUUGCCGUACGUGGGGCUUUUUCGCAGCUUUGUCCAGAAGCGCCCAGGAGUAACCACUGUUGGGAGCUUUUCAUCUGCUUUCCUGGGGGGAAAAAGUUGCCGAUGUGAAGUGUUGGAGGAGUCGCGGUUGAAACUUACUGGGGCAAAGAGGACUUUUGUUAUCUCGUUCUUUGAUUUUAAUAAUAAGAAGAGCCUCUAAAUAUUGUGAGUCAAGACGAGGAUUUCUCCUCCUAUCCAGGGCUUGUCAUGGAUGAAGAGACUCAGCACAGCCUUGAAUGCAUCCAGGCUAAUCAGAUCUUUCCCAGGAAGCAGCUGAUCCGAGAGGACGAGAACCUGCAGGUCCCGUUCAUUGAGCUUCAUGGUGAGAGCACGGAGUACGUCGGACGAGCAGAGGAUGCCAUCAUUGCGCUUUCCAAUUACAGGCUCCACAUCAAAUUCAAGGAGUCCGUUGUGAAUGUUCCAUUGCAGCUUAUAGAAAGCGUUGAGUGCCGUGAUAUAUUUCAACUUCAUUUGACGUGCAAAGACUGCAAGGUGAUCAGGUGUCAGUUUUCUACUUUCGAGCAGUGUCAAGACUGGCUGAAGCGGCUGAACAAUGCCAUCCGCCCGCCCUCCAAGAUCGAAGACCUCUUCUCGUUCGCCUACCACGCGUGGUGCAUGGAGGUGUACGCCAGCGAGAAGGAGCAGCAUGGGGAUUUGUGUCGCCCAGGAGAACACGUAACUUCGAGGUUCAAAAAUGAAGUGGAGCGGAUGGGGUUUGAUAUGAACAACGCCUGGAGGAUUUCCAACAUCAACGAGAAGUACAAGCUCUGUGGAAGUUACCCCCAGGAAAUCAUCGUUCCCGCCUGGAUCACGGAUAAGGAGCUGGAGAGCGUGGCGAGCUUUCGGUCCUGGAAGCGCAUCCCUGCUGUUGUGUACAGGCACCAGAGCAAUGGGGCGGUGAUCUCCCGCUGCGGCCAGCCCGAGGUCAGCUGGUGGGGCUGGCGGAACGCCGAUGACGAGCACCUUGUCCAGUCUGUCGCCAAAGCCUGUGCCUCUGAUUCGAGGUCCAACAGCAACAAACUCCUGAAUGGAAAUUGUUCCAGAGAUUUCACCAAUGGAGGGGACCUCUCUGAUGUGGAAUUUGACUCCUCAAUCUCUAACGCUUCGGGAGCAGAGAGUUUGGCCAUACAGCCCCAGAAGCUUUUGAUCUUGGACGCGCGAUCGUACGCAGCGGCUGUGGCCAACAGAGCCAAAGGGGGAGGCUGCGAGUGCCCAGAAUAUUACCCGAACUGUGAAGUAGUGUUCAUGGGGAUGGCAAACAUCCAUUCCAUCCGCAAGAGCUUCCAGUCGCUGCGUUUGCUCUGCACACAAAUGCCAGAUCCAGGAAAUUGGUUGUCAGCUCUGGAAAGUACCAAAUGGCUGCAGCACUUAUCUGUGCUUCUGAAAUCUGCGCUACUCGUCGUUCACGCCGUGGACCGAGACCAGCGCCCGGUCUUGGUGCACUGCUCAGAUGGCUGGGACCGAACCCCCCAGAUCGUGGCACUGGCCAAACUGCUGCUCGACCCGUACUACAGGACCACAGAGGGUUUCCAGGUGCUAGUGGAGACGGAGUGGCUGGAUUUUGGCCACAAGUUUGCAGAUCGCUGUGGCCAUGGUGAGAACUCGGAUGACCUAAAUGAGCGCUGCCCGGUGUUUUUACAGUGGCUGGACUGCGUCCAUCAGCUCCAGAGGCAGUUCCCUUGCUCUUUCGAGUUUAACGAAGCAUUCCUUGUCAAAUUGGUGCAGCACACCUACUCUUGCCUCUUUGGUACAUUCCUGUGCAACAAUGCGAAAGAGAGAGGAGAAAAACACACUCAGGAACGGACCUGCUCUGUCUGGUCUUUGCUGCGGGCAGCAAACAAAGCCUUCAAAAACCUGCUCUACUCCUCGCAGUCCGAAUCCGUGCUGUAUCCCGUGUGCCAUGUGCGGAACCUGAUGCUCUGGAGCGCCGUGUACCUGCCGUGCUCGUCCCCCUCCACGCCCGCCGACGACACCUGUGCCCCGUACCCUGCGCCCGGCUCUAGCCCUGAAGAUCCGCCUCUGGGCAGGUUACCAAAAACACGAUCGUUUGACAACCUGACGACGGCCUGUGACAGCAGUGUGCCUGCAACCAACCGGCGCAGCAGCGACCCCAGCAUCAACGAGAAGUGGCAGGAGCACCGCCGGUCCCUGGAGCUGAGCAGCCUCGGCAACGCGGGGGACGAUCCCUUCGAUGGGGACGGCCCGGGCAAGCAGGGCCGCGCUCCGCUGGGAGCCGAACUCUCUGUUGCAGCCGGUGUGGCAGAGGGACAGAUGGAGAACAUUUUGCAAGAGGCCACUAAAGAUGAUGUUGGUCUGGAGGAGCAUUUAAGGGGUAGCCUGGAGACGGUAGGGAAAGGGGAGGAGAUGGCCCUGGAGAAGGAGAAGAGAACUGAAAAUCCCCAUGGGUUUGGCGGUGACUUUUGUGGAAAGGCCGAGGUGGAUCCAGGUAUUCUCACGAACAAUCCGCAUCCAGUGUCCCAAGGUCUUUCUGAGCUGAAAGGACAAGAGGAUGAGCAUUCUGAGCUCAGCAAUGCUCUCCAGAAGUUGCCUCAGGUGAGAGGGCUACAGACUGUACCUGGGGAGGGCUUUGUGAAUAGAGAUGCUCAAAAGAAUCCAGAGGAAGAAGGUGUUGGCAAACUGGAAGGAGAAGAGCACCUGUACGAUAGCAGCCUUCCGUUACCUCUUACAAUCCCGCAUGAGUCAAAAACAUCCAACAUUGAAAGUUCUACGGAAACCUUAACAGAGAACGAAGCAAAGCAAGAGCUCCUGCCCAGGGCUCCGUGCCACAGACCUCACCCGAUCGACAACAGCACUGACGAACUUCCGCGAACUGUUGAAAACAGGCCGGAGGGGGAGAGCGUGCUAGAACCUCAAAAACUGGGAACAAAAGUACAUAGGACUUCUGGUAGCGGCAACACACACAUCCCGAUGCCUUCCCCUUGUGCCUUGCCUUUCGCUGAAUGUAAAGACGAGAUUGUGUGUAACGGCGAGCUGGAGCCUGAGAACAAGAUGACGGAGAAGCACGCGGGGUUUAGUAUCGCUCAGAAAUACCACGCGACAAACGGACACUGUGUGAACGGAGAGGACGGGAGGAUCAAAGCCUCUUUGAGCCGGCAGGUGUCCGCGGCCAGCUGCAGCUCCGCGCAGCUUCACCUGAGGAACUUGCACCAAAAAUGGGUGUUUAGCCACCUCGGGAAGCAGCAGGCGGCCAGCAGCCCCGACCAGCCCGCCAGGAGCCACCUGGACGAUGACGGGAUGCCCGUCUACACCGACGUCAUCCAGCAACGCCUGCGCCAGAUAGAAACUGGCCAUCAGCAAGAAGUGGAAACCUUGAAGAAGCAAGUGCAAGAGCUGAAGAGCCGGUUGGAAAGCCAGUUCCUGAACAGCUCCUUCCGGCUCAACGGCGACUACGGAGACGAAGUGACGUCUAUACCCGACUCGGAAAGCAAUCUGGAUCAGAACUGCUUGUCUCGCUGCAGCACAGAGAUUUUCUCUGAAGCCAGCUGGGAGCAGGUGGACAAACAGGACACAGAGGUGACGCGAUGGCUCCCCGACCACCUGGCCGCGCACUGCUACGGCUGCGACAGCGCCUUCUGGCUGGCCAGCAGGAAGCACCACUGCAGGGCCGCUGAAGGUGUUGAGCAGAUCUGGAAUUGCGGCAACGUCUUCUGCUCCAGCUGCUGUAACCAGAAGGUGCCCGUUCCCAGCCAGCAGCUCUUUGAACCCAGCAGAGUGUGCAAGUCGUGCUACAGCAGCUUGCACCCCAGCGGCUCCAGCCUUGACCUCGAACUGGAGAAGCCCAUCACUGCCACCUCCAACUGAAGGCGCAGCCGGGAGCAGCCGCGGCUCCUGCCGAGGGACACGCGGGGUCGCGGGGGCCAGGAGGAUGCGGGGGCCGCGCGCUUUGGAAGUGGGGGCACGAAACACAGAGCUCCAGGACGUACCGCUGGAUUGUGGGAUUCUCCUUUUCCAGCUAUUCCCCGUUUCCUUUCUGUCCUAUCUGUGUGUACGUGUCUGCGCGCGUGUGUGUAUAUAUAUAAUAAUAUAUAUAUGUUUGUUUGCUGGAAGAUUGUAGAGGUGGGCAGGGAGCUGGUGCCAGAGCCAGAUUCCCUCUUGUAUUUCUGUCCCACUGCUGAACUGUUGCAGACAGGCCGCUGCGGAGGAAAGGAGAGGGGAGUCAGUCCAGCCCGCGUGCGAAGCGUGAAUCCUUUAGCGUCAGUGCUAGUGCUUUCAAUCACUCCUUCCCAACAAGAAACUGCUGUUUGGGAACCUGUUGCUGCUAGAAGAAAUGGGAAUCUCCUUCCCAAAAGAGCACUCUGCCUCUCUGUUCUUAGAGUGGGCUUAGUUACCCCGGCUGCGUGACGGGGAAUCGAUGGCGGGUUCCGAACCCCACAGACGCCAGCGAGGGGGCCGGUUGCAGCGGGGACACGGGGACGGCACUGGCUGCGGAGCAGGAGUGCCGGGUGGCGAGAGGGGACGGAACAGGCGGCCGAGCGCAGGUGGGUGUCACGCUGGCGCCUCCCUCUGAAGUUCUGUGCACACAGUUCAUUAUUUAAAACCGAGUGGGAAAGUGGAAGACGUCUGACUUCUGUCCAUGCGCCAUCUGCAGGGGGGUUUGCUGGAUGCAAAGCUGCUUUUGGAGCAGCGCGCUUGUCGUGGUCCGUACAGACAGACUGUCCAAAGCACCGAGCGAGCGGCCGUGAGGCGCUGGGGCCGGGUCGGGUGCGGGGAGCGCGCUGGUGCCCGUCGCUCCCGGGGCGGCUCCUCCUUUUUCAGUCUCUAUUCAAGAUUCUCCACAUAGGAAAAACCAGUCUGAGGAUUUAAUAGAGACCCGAAAUACAUCGUGGAUUCCCCUUUCUCCCCCUGCCCCAACCUGAGUCGCUUUUCAAGUCACCUCAUUAAAGUGUGAAUCUCUUGAAUAUGUUUUUAAAUGAGUGUUAGGUACUGGGCCCCUUUUGGAUAGAGCCUGCUUAGCGCAAGUUGGCGAGGAGGAAACAGAGAUCCUGUGUCGCAGACAACGUUCCAGCUUCUCGUGUGAUAUUCCCAACAAUCCUGCUGGAGAAUCGGAGACCUCCAGAUCCAAAAGCUCACAAUCUAAGAAACCUUGGGAAAGGAGCACUGCCCUUCCUCGGAAUGUCCCAUCGCAUCACCCAAAGCGAGUAUCACACAGAGAAAACCAUCUCCGAAUAUUUAUUAGGUCUGACAGGGAAACGUCAAGGUGUUUUAGUUUUGACUUGGAACUUCCUGCACCCUUUGCGAGGAUCAUUACGCUGCCGAAGAGUCACAAGACAAAAUGGAAUGUCCGGGAGGGGUUGAGCGGAACAGCCCCUGUCCCACGGGAAGGGGCUCUGGGGACACAUCUCGGGGCCUCCCCUGCUUGCGGGUCUGGAAAUGCCCUCAAACCAUCAGGAGGGAGAAGCAGAGAGAGCGCCGGGUUGUGUCCAGAACCGUUUGUUCCUAACGCGGAGCAGCGAGCGUGCGGCCGGAGCUGCGGGUGUUGCUGUCGGUGUCGGCGGGGGCGGCCGGAGCAGGAGGGUCGGGGGGCGAUGGGGGCUGACGGGGGGCGGUUCCGCGCACGGACCGCGGGGUUUGUGGUGCAAAUAGUCAAAAAUAAGUCUAAGAUUCUGCAGUUCCUAGUGACAGGUGCCAAGAGGUUACGAUACGGGUUUUGGGGUCUGUGAUGUACAGUGUGAAUAAAUGCUUGCAGCUCUUAGUCUUUUUUUGAUCGAUGAAGCACUUUUUUAUUAAUAUUAUUUUUCUUUGUAUGUAAAGGAGGAACCAGUAUCUCUCCAUAGCUGUGUAUAUAACCCGUCUCUCCUAAAGAGAGUAAAGUGCUCCUAUAUUUUUCAUUUUUGUCAAAGCGAGAAGUAAAUACUUUAGAAUUGUUAAAUAUAUAAAUAAAAGUGAAUAAAGUUUAGACUUUUGCAUGGGA